ACCAAACACUCGCCCCACAGGCCACUGAUGUCGAUGAUGGCCAGCCCUCUGUUGCCACCGAUUAAGUCACCCGUCAGUAUCACACCCAAUAAGGACUCGAAGUCGGCGCUCACUUACCGCCGAAGACUGUUUGAUGUCUACGAAGACGUGGCGGAGAGUCCGCAGAAGUCGGCGGCGGAUAAGAAGGACGCGAAGAAGAGCCCGGCGUUCGAGAGGUUCGCGUAUUUGGUGGACAAACGAGAGGACAAUCACGCGAGCGGUUCACUAGUGUUGCCCCAGAAGUUCAAACUGUUGGCCGAAGUGUUCAAAUCGAUGGACACUGUGGUGUCGAUGCACUACAAGCGCCAAGAGAUCUGCACUUUCGAUAAACUCAAGGAUUCCGUGGAGAGGAUGACGGCGAAGAAGUUUGACACCAAAAGGUUGGCACAAAUACAGACAGUCUUCGGCACCGGAUUUAAGCUGAAGUACGAGUUGUUCUCGAGUUAUGCGGAGCGCCGGAAACCCAGCUAUCAGUUGAUAAUAACUCCGGUGUAUGACUCGGAUGUGGACAUACGGACCAAUUCCAUACACCUCUUGGAGAGGUAUCAGCGGUUUGUGGCGAAACUCGUAGACAUCACGAAAGGCCACCACAAGAAGUAUUUGAAGGCAUUGGGUCUUAAUGUGGACGACAAAGAGCUGGUCCGAUGGCACCCGAAGUUUAGGGUGGACUCCGUGCCGGACGUCACUCCCGAUGACAACGCACUGCCAACGGAGCCACGACUCGGAGAGAAGACCGCCGAACAGGUGUUGGCGAACACCAGACAACGAUUAGGCAUAUCAUCGACUACUGUCACCGCGGAUGACGACAAAGACAAUGACACGAACUCUAACGACAAUAAGACGUCUGAUACUAAUCAGAAGAUUACGAAAGGAUUACUUAAAGGCAUUUCAAUGGAUCUGUUGAACAAAAUUAGGGCCAAAGAAGCGGCAAAUUUGGCCAAAGAGAUGACCCGAAAGCCCGAAGUGGAGACAGAGCUCCGGAUACUGCGAUCGUUACCCGAAUUCAUACGAAUCAUUCACAGCUAUAUCGUGGGCUCCAAGAAGUUGGCCGUACCUUACGAUCAACUCAUCGACAAACUGAUCACCAGUUUCACGAGCAGUCUGUCUAUACUGCGGGCUAAGGAGCACGUGAGCUACCUGUGCCGCUUUAUGCCCGACUGGAUCUGUCAGUUGGAAGUGAAAAAAGGGAAUUACAUUAAAAUCAAUAAAGAGACCACACUUUCAGCACUGGACCAGAGAAUCAAAACAAAGGUUAAUCGCCUGAAGGACUGAAUUAUUUGUAUUACCAUUACUUGGAUUUUAAUUUUUAUCACACAUUGUUUUUUAUGUCAGAUUUACUUUAAUUUUAAUUGUAUUUUAUAUUACUUUUUAAUUACAAACCACUCUAAUAGCGGUUUAUUAUACCAAUCAAUCGAU